UUUCCUGCCCUCUUCUUUUUAGCUCCAUUCUUCAUUCAAUCCCUCCCCCACAUUUUCACGCACCCGAUCUACGCACACCCCCUCAUAACGAAGAAACAAUAAUGGCCGGAAGCGGUGUCGUAACGGUCUAUGGCAACGGUGCAAUCACCGAGACCGCAAAGAAAUCCCCUUUCUCCGUCAAAGUGGGCCUUGCCCAGAUGCUCCGUGGCGGCGUUAUCAUGGACGUUGUCACCCCCGAGCAGGCCCGCAUCGCCGAAGAGGCUGGUGCAUGCGCCGUCAUGGCCCUCGAGCGUGUCCCCGCCGACAUCCGCUCCCAGGGCGGCGUCGCCCGCAUGUCCGACCCUCAGCUCAUCAAAGAAAUCAAGCAAGCCGUUACCAUCCCCGUCAUGGCCAAGGCCCGGAUUGGCCAUUUCGUCGAGGCCCAAAUCCUCGAGGCCAUCGGAAUCGAUUACGUCGACGAGUCGGAGGUCCUCACCCCUGCCGACGACGAAAACCACAUUAAUAAGCAUAAUUUCCGCAUCCCUUUUGUCUGCGGCUGCCGCAACCUUGGGGAAGCCCUCCGCCGCAUUAGGGAAGGCGCCGCCAUGAUUCGUACCAAAGGGGAGGCCGGCACUGGUAACAUCAUCGAGGCCGUCCGCCACGUCCGCUCCGUGAUGGGUGAUAUCAGAGUCCUCCGAAACAUGGAUGACGAUGAGGUCUUCUCGUUUGCCAAAAAAAUUCAGUCCCCGUAUGACUUGGUGAUGCAGACCAAGCAAUUGGGGAGGCUUCCGGUCGUCCACUUUGCAGCCGGAGGAGUUGCGACGCCGGCGGAUGCGGCGCUGAUGAUGCAGCUGGGAUGUGACGGGGUGUUCGUGGGCUCAGGGGUGUUCAAGAGCGGAGAUCCGGCGAGGCGGGCGAGGGCGAUUGUGCAGGCGGUCACGCAUUAUAGCGACCCGGAGGUGCUGGCGGACGUGAGCUGCGGGCUUGGCGAGGCUAUGGUAGGCAUUAAUCUUAAUGAUGAUAAGGUUGAGAGGUAUGCGAACCGCUCAGAGUAAAAUAUGUGGUGAGGUGAUGACCGGGAAGAAAAGACCUGAUUGAAUUGGAUUUCUGAUAGUAUUAGUGAUUAUAGCCUGUGAGAUGAGGGCUAAAGGAACCUCUUUCAUGCGUAGACCAACAGUUUACUAUCUGUAGUUUAGCUUCCUUUACUACCAUUUGUGUUGUUAGGUUUCGAUGUUUCGUAUGAUUGGAAUUUGGAAAUACGUUUUAAUUGAUUUUUUUUUUUAAUUUCUAUCUGUUUCAGCUCGUAGUAGA